AAAGUUGCAGGUAUAUAUAUAUUUUUAUAUAAUUUUUGAGUAUAUAAUUUAUAUAUUCAUAUUUGUUUUGCUUCUCAGGAUGCUAAAGCCCAGCACUUCCAUUUCUUUUGAUGUUUAUUUUUAUUUGGAGUUUACUUUUUUGUUUAUUUUAUUUUUGUUAAUGCUCAAAUGGUAAAAAGAAACAUCUCUUAAUCUGUAAAAUAAUUUCUUUUCUUUUCUCAAAAAAAAAAAAAAAAAAGGAUAAAGUUUGCUGCUCAACUUGAUAACUUGAGGUCAGGGAUGACAUCCCUCUUGCCUUAACAUCAAUACAUUUAUAAAACAUUUUUAUUCUGGUCAAUUAAAAUAUAAAUGCUUUAAUUUCAUGGGGCAUCACCAUGAACCACUCACCAACCUUUCAACUCCGAACAUACAUACAUGUGCAUGCACACAAGCACACCAAAAUGCAACUUCACUUGUAAAAUAGUGCUCUUACUCCGGGAUCUGAAUGCUUUCUCUAAUUUCUAUUAUUACAUUCUAGUCUCGAACUGAAACAGCACUUCCUUCUCUCUCUUUCCGUAUUUAUGUCCUGCCCCAACUCAUAACUACAAGACUAAACUGCAAAAAGAGAACUGAGAAGGUAGCCUUUUACAGAAACACUAAAAGGUCAUGCCAAGCAUAGUGCUUAAACCAGGGAGUAGGCCGCCGUGGGUAGGAUUAGCAGCAGCAGCAUGGGUCCAAGUAUGUGCAGGGAAUGCCUACAACUUCCCACUUUACUCAACUGCACUCAAAUCAGUGCUUGGUUAUAACCAACAGCAGCUUACAAUUCUUGGAGUGGCUAAUGAUAUCGGAGAGAAUGUGGGUUUGAUUCCUGGUAUUGUUAUCAACAAGUUCCCUCCUUGGGCUGUUUUGCUUGUUGGUGUUCUUUCUUGUUUCUUGGGUUAUGGUGUUCUUUGGCUUGCUGUUAGCAAGACUGUAACUGGCUUGCCUUACUGGUUGCUGUUUCUAGCGCUUGUUGUUGGCACGAAUAGUAAUGCAUGGUUUGGCACAGCUGUGCUUGUAACCAAUAUGAGAAACUUCCCCCUCAGUAGAGGCACUGUUUCUGGCAUUCUUAAAGGUUAUGUUGGGCUUUCUGCUUCAGUAUAUACAUUGCUGUACAAUAUGGCGCUUGAUGAGUCUGCUUCAAAACUUCUGCUAUUCCUUACUGUUGGCAUUCCAGUUAUAUGUUUAGCAAUGAUGUAUUUUAUUCGAGCCUGUACUCCAGCUUCUGGAGAAGACUCUUCAGAGCAUGUUCAUUUUGUUUUUACCCAAGCUUCAAAUGUUGUUCUUGCCCUUUAUCUUCUCAUAGCCACCAUAAUAAGUGAUGUGGUUUCUCUAAGUACUGUAGUUUCCUACAUUUUAGUUGGCGUAAUGAUCAUUAUUCUGUUGGCUCCUCUUGCAAUUCCUAUCAAAAUGACUCUUUUUCCUGCAAGACCAAGGAAUGGUCUCCCAGCAUCCAAUUCUUCUGAUAAUCUAGUUCCAAGGGAGGGUGAAUCUGCCCCAGCAGAUCCUUUGUUGACUCCAUCUUCAUCAGCUGCAUAUCUUGGAAGUUUUCACGAUAAUGAUUAUGCUUCAGAUUUGGAAAUACUUCUUGCUGUGGGAGAGGGAGCAGUGAAGAAGAAGAGGAAACCUAAGAGAGGCGAGGAUUUUAAGUUUCAUGAGGCUUUGAUUAAGGCUGAUUUCUGGCUUCUUUGGGUGGUAUACUUUCUUGGGGUUGGUCCUGGAGUUACCAUUCUCAAUAAUUUGGCUCAGAUUGGGGUUGCUUUUGGUCUUGAUGAUACAACAUUAUUGCUUGCUGUCUUCAGCUUUUGCAAUUUUGUUGGCCGUCUUGGUUCAGGUGCUGUUUCUGAACACUUUGUCAGGUCAAAAACAAUUCCUCGAACACUGUGGAUGACAUUUGCACUAAUAAUCAUGAUCAUAACAUUCAUUCUGUUUGCAUUUGCUCUUGAUGGUAUUCUCUAUGUUGCAACUGCUAUGAUUGGUGUCUGCUACGGAAUUCUGUAUUCUGUAAUGGUGCCAACUGCCUCCGAGCUUUUUGGCUUGAAACAUUUUGGCAUCAUUUACACCACCAUGUUGCUGGGCAAUCCUGUUGGUGCACUUCUUUUCUCUGGGAUACUUGCAGGUUCUAUAUAUGAUGCAGAAGCUACUAAGCAAGGAAGCUCUUCCUGUAUAGGGGCUGGUUGCUUCAGGUUGACAUUCCUGGUUCUAGCUGGUAUAUGUGGACUUGGGACCAUCCUCAGCAUAAUCUUGACAGUUAGAAUACGGCCAGUAUACCAAAUGCUUUAUGCAGGGGGUUCUUUUCGUCUUCCACAAUCUUCCGGCCAUUGAUGAGAAUUAUUUUUAGCUACUAAUAGAAACCGAGACAUGGCUCUUUGCGGAGUUUGUAGCAGUAAAGUACACAAGAAAGUGGCUUGCAUUUGGCUACAACCUUCGAUCUCCCCCAAGUAUGAAUUUUUGGCUAUGGUAGGGCUAAUUAGGGUUUGUUCUGUAAAACUUCUAAUGAUGACUGGAAAAAUUUGGGGGAUAAAUAUAUUCAAAUUGCCAUAACACCCUUGAGGGAUGUUUUGGCUUGUAUCAAUGAAAUUGUAUCUUCCUGUAUUAUAUCAAGCCAAAACUAGUAUAACUUGGCAAACUUUAUUGCAUAGAUCAAAUAUGAUAAUGCCUCUCGUCUUUAUUCCUUGUAAA